AUGCACCUCCUUGCACUCAAUGUCCCUGAUCUUUUUAUUCCACUUUGGCGAGGGACUUUUGAUUGCGACAAGACCGAUGAUCGUACCACAUGGACUUGGGCUGUUCUCAAGGGAGCUGUAUGGGAAGCACAUGGCAGAGAUGUUGCAGCUGCCACACCCUACCUACCUGGCUCGUUUGACCGUCCACCCCGCAACCCGGCUGAAAAGAUUUCCAGUGGUUAUAAAGCUUGGGAGUUUCUCCUGUACUUUUAUGGCCUCGGCCCAGGUGUCUUUUACAAUGUUCUUCCCACCAUCUACUAUCGCCACUUUUGCAAACUAAUACUUGCUGUCCGCAUAAUCAACCAACACAAGAUCAGAGUUAACGAUCUGAAAAGGGCACACCAGGCCUUGGUAGAAUUUGCUCAUGAAUUCGAGGUUCUUUACUAUCAACGUCGCACUGAUCGCCUUCACUUUGUGCGUCAAAGUAUUCACGCUUUGAUUCACUUAGCAGAAGAAGCUCUUCGCCUUGGCCCACUGAUCUGCACAUCUCAGUGGACCAUGGAACACACAAUUGGAAGCUUGGGCAUGGAGAUUAGGUGUCACGUCAAUCCUUAUGCCAACCUGUCUCAAAGAGCAUUGCAGAGAUGCCAGGUAUUACAGGUAGUGGCAGACAACAGUAUUCCUCGAGGCGCCAAAGAUUUAGGGGACGGUUAUAUCUUACUGAGAGCUCGAGAUAGGACUGCGCGCCAAAUGGAUGUUGCCGAAAGCCAAGCACUUCAGAGAUACCUUCACAGCACCCAUAACAAAGAUUUCCCUGAGGGCUGGGCACCAAAGGUAUUGCGGUGGGCUCGGUUGCGGUUACCAAAUGGGCAGGUUGCUCGAUCAGCUUGGAAGGAAAAGCUGAAGCCGCUCGAAAAGGUUCGAAUGGCCCAAAACGUUCUCAUAAAAACUUCGGGGGAUGCCACCGACACAUUUGGAGAAGUUCUCUACUACUUCUGCCUUGAGUUGCAGGAUACAUCUGAACAAACCCUCGCAAUGGUUUCUCUGUACUCCCCUCCUAAUCCCGACCUCUUAAAAGCGACUUUCAAUACUCUCCGAUCGUGCACUGCAGGCGACUCUGUGAAAGUCAUCGAAGUAAAACAUAUCAGUGCCGUUAUGAUCGCCAUGGUCCCACACCAACCAUUUGGCGCAGAAUCGGAACAGCGUUACUUUGUUGUUGAAAAACCUGGACUGGAGGUGGCAGAACUUGCAGGGCAAGAAGAGGAAGUGCCUGCAGACGAAUAA